ACUCAGCUGGAAAACGGGGCGAGACAAACGUCCCCAAACGAGCUAAACUCUGAUUCUGCUGGAGCGCAAGGAAAAACUUUUUUCGCAUCCCAAAAAUAAUUAAGGAUUAAUUGAUUUUCUCUUUAUGGAAACUUAUUGAUUGAUUUUUGUAUAACCCCCAAAGUGACAGGUUGUCUGAGCCACGAUGAGUUGGGCUGCGCUCUAUUCUCAGCUGGGCGGCGUCAACAAACACUCCACGAGUCUAGGAAAAAUUUGGCUUUCCGUCCUUUUCAUCUUCCGCAUCACUAUACUGGUUCUGGCCGCCGAGAGCGUCUGGGGGGACGAGCAGUCUGACUUCACAUGCAACACGCAGCAGCCCGGCUGCAAAAACGUCUGCUAUGACCACUUCUUUCCCGUGUCGCACAUCCGCUUGUGGUGCCUGCAGCUGAUCUUUGUAUCCACGCCGGCCCUGCUGGUGGCCAUGCACGUCGCCUACAGGAAUCGUGGGGAUAAGAGGGUCAUGCUGGCCUCCAACGGCAACGAGAAGAUGACGGAGAAUGACCUGAAGACGCUGAAGAGGAGGCGCCUGCCGAUCACAGGCCCACUGUGGUGGACCUACACCUGCAGCCUGUUCUUCCGCCUCAUCUUUGAAGGUGGCUUCAUGUACGCACUGUACUUUGUCUACGACGGCUUCCAGAUGCCCCGGCUGGUGAAGUGCGAGCAGUGGCCUUGCCCCAACAAGGUGGACUGCUUCAUCUCCAGGCCAACCGAGAAGACCGUCUUCACCAUAUUCAUGGUGUCCUCAUCGGCCAUCUGCAUGGUACUGAACGUGGCCGAGCUGUGCUACCUCAUCUCCAAGGCGCUCGUCAGGUGCUCCUCCAGGUCAAACAAGAGGAACCUCUCUUACAGCCACGCAGACAGCGUGACCCGGGAUAACAAGAAGAACGAGAUGCUGUUGUCUUCCACCACAGAUUCGACCAGCAACAAGAUGUGUUGAAGGACAGCCAUCAUGUUGUCGGGUGUUCUUCGAGAAGAAGGAAAAGCAUAAACUGUAAAUAUCCAAGCACCUAUAAUAGUCACAGUUUGUAUCAGAUUUUGGGAUUGUGGGAAAUUCAAAUAGCCAACAGAGAUUAGGCCUAAUUUAGCUAGACAGCAGUGUCGGGUGGCUGACCUGCUAUGCUCGUGUGAAGGGAAAUCCCUGUAUAGGCUUUAUAUAUCAUAUGCAUAUUUGCUCUAUAGUUUGUUACAUGCCUCUGCCUCAAAUUUGCCCCUAAACGCACUCAGAUGUUUUCCCCUGGUCAAGGCAUUAUGACCAAUUCAUAUGAUAUAGGCUAUAGCCUACAAAAUUAAGCGACCUCCAGCCGUUUAUCUGACAAAUGGUUAAAUGACAAGUUAAAUUCAGAGGUUUUUCCAGUUAGAUUUAGCCGAAAAAGGGUCAGCCGGGUACCAGUCACCAUGAAGUGCUGGUCUUUUCAACAUUGCAGUGUCGACGUUGCAGUUGAGUUUAGCCGACAAAAGUUGAUCAUCAUGCAACUUCAACAGUUAGGUUUCGGCACCAAAACAACUAGUUAAAAUUAGAAAAAUUGUGGUUUGGAUUAAAACACCGGCCCCCUUAAUUGGUAGGCUACUCCCGGGACAUGACAAGUGUUUCCUGGGUGAAAGUCUUGGUCUUCCCCGGGACACGAACUCCUCCCCCGCUUGAAAGCGUUGUGUUUUUGGUCUUUUACAGUGCAUUACUUUUCGCAGCUAUAUGUAAAUGGUUCACGAGAACACCCUGUCCUUGUACAAAAAAAAAAAUUAUAAUAAUUUAAAGUAGGCUAUGGAUCAUUUUACAUCUGGUAGAAUUCCCACCAGUGAGUGUUACUAAGAGUCUGUUUCAGGUAGCGAUUUUCAUACAAAAUAGUGUUUUUGUAUCUGUGGCUCAUCCAUAUUAUAUAUAAUAUAAUAAUAAUAAUUGUUACCUUACUUUUCACACAGUGGAUGGUCAAUAGGGUUAGAUCGAGGGUUUUCAUUUUUUGGUCACAGUUUGAGGUUGCCUGAAUGCCGUGAACCAGAGAAGAAUGAGUCUACACUGACAUCUAUUGGUUUCAGGUGGAACCUCUAGGAGCACAAACACCUUCCUCUAAGCCUGAAGGAUUUGUUUGGUGUUGAAGAAGAGCAAGGAGAACAAAUUAAAUCGUGAAAAGUGAAGCAAAAAAAAGUGCCUUUGUCAUUACGUUUUUUAGUGACUACUUUACAAGAGCUGAGAUUUGACUUUAAAUGUGGUUGAUUUUAAAUGUGUUUUACAGUUAUUGAUAAAAGCAGAUGAGUUUUUAUGAUCCUGCUGUGUUGAAUCAAGUGACUGUAGCAUGAAGUUAAGUUUAAAAAUCCACAGUUGAAUAACUUUCUAUAAAUGAUGCUAGAGUUUUUCAUGUUUGUGUUUAUAUUUACUGAGAAGUGUGUUGCACAAGAUUAUGCUGAUAGACUUUAAUAUAACAUAAUGGAAUCUUACCUACCACACCACAGUGGUUUAGAAGACGUGAUGCUCUUUGCUGUUCAAUCAAAUCACAAUGUCUUUUGUCUUUUACUUGAACUGAAAGUAUUUGAAGUGUUGGGAAUGUGGCAAAAAUAUGUAUGUUUGGUGUGUAAAAUGUGUUUUAAGCAAUAUGUUUUUAUUCUGCGGUCAGCAAGUGCUAGAAAUCUCCCCAACUAAUCAUAUUGCUUUGGUUCUCAAAGUCUAAAAAAAAAGAGGCAGACGAAUAUGAUUUUGUAGAAAUAUUAAUUCAGAAAUACUGAGUGGUGUUGAAACAUACAGAACAUUAUUUUUGAUUCCAGUCAAGAUGCUUGACUAGAAAAAUACCAAAUCUGUCAGACUUUUAGUAUUUUCUAGAUAAGAAUCAGUGAAUAUUUGACUCAAUAUUUUUGCAUUUUGUAACAUUUUGUAAAGACGUUUUUACCCUAAAAGAGUUUAUUUCAAAAAGCAGGAUUGUCAAGUUAGACAGACAACUACAAAACGUUUUAUGGUUUUGCUUCUGAAGGACCUUUGUUAUUAUCAUCAGCCGAUUCCUAAACGUUCAAGUUACAUCAAUGCUCUUAAUCCUGCUUUUUGAAACAUCGUCCAGAAGCUGUCCUGUUCAGCCCAGACCUGGUAUGUUAUUUGGACUUGUGUUGUUGUUGCAGUGUGUACUGACCCCAGCUGGCUGUAUCAGCUUUCAGCAUGUGCCUUAUUUUAGCCACCACA